CUCAGAAAUCGUUUAUUAAUAUGCCGUUUAUAUAAUGUUCACUAAUUACAACCGGGCGGUCUUGAAUGCGACUUGAGAGCGUCUGUUUACACUACGAUGGUGACCGUAGUGGAGCUGCUGAGUCUCCUGCUGGUGUCAGCUCUGUGGGGCUGCACAAACCCUCUCCUGAAGAGGGGCACAGAGGGAAUAGAAAAUGUGACAAAGACCAACAGAGUCUCACAGCUCCUGGCUGAGGUCAAGUUCCUUUUCCUCAACCUCAAGUACCUGGUCCCCUUUCUCCUGAACCAGAGCGGCUCCUUGGUCUAUUAUUAUACACUUUCAACCGCAGAGUUAUCGCUUGCUGUUCCCGUGGCCAACUCUCUCACCUUCCUCUGCACUCUGCUCACUGGCAAGUUACUGGGAGAAGAGUUUGGAGGCAAACAGGCUGUUGCAGGAAUGUUCCUCACCAUGGCUGGCAUCACUCUGUGUGUUAUAAGCUCCAUCACUGACACUGGGAGGAAGAAUACGACCCAGAAUGUAAGCUAACAGAGAUCAGAUUAAAGCGACAUUCUCCAGGAACUUCAAGUGAUUUAUACGCUAGGGAGCAAUGAAGGCCAAAGCAGAGCUGGCACAGGACUAGAGAGGGCUAUUUAGAUUCAGACAGCUACUCCAUGAAGCGCUGGUCCAGCUGGGAGAAUUGUUCCUAUAUGAACUCAGUGUGAGCUCUGAAAGAUUUUCUCUCACACCACGUUGAAGAAGAAGGGGAGGAUGGUUCACGCAGGGUUCACCUUAAGGCCAGACACGAUGUAUGCCACUUGUGUAGAAGUUCCCUCAGUUGUUAACUUUUACUUUUAAGCGCUCUGUUGGCUUGCCGUGUGACUGGAAUCUGCAUAAAUGCUAUAGCGACCACAUACAAUACGACUGGUCCGAUAAAAGGGGAAGCAUUAAGAUGUGACCUCCUGGAACAACGGCAGCAUUUUACUGGGGCUGCGUUCUGUUUGCUUAGGGGCGGGCUGGACACAAAAGGGGACAAAUUGAUGUUAAGUUAGUGCAUUCAACUUUUUCCCCCUCCCCCCUCUUCUUCCAUGCUGCCUUGUAUACAUCACUUAUUACUAAAGUAGAAAUACCUGUAUUGUUUUGUUUUUUGAGAAUCAAAGGUAAACGUGACUUAAUUUGACCGUGUUGUGUGCUCUGUAAAAAAAUUAAACAACAGACUGUGUAGAAUUCAGAAAAAAAAACACACUGUACAUCGUACAUACAUUUUUUAUUACUCACAAAACAUCGUAUGGACAACUCUGUUACUCUUGCACUUGUGAAGCUUGUGAUGUGGCUGUUGUUUUAUUAAUAAAAUGUUGGCAAAUAAAAAUACCUCCUACUCUGAUCUCUGCAAUUCAAAAUGCAUGCAGCGUCGUCAAACAUCCCAAAACAUAGCUUCUUAUGUACACACUGUGAAUGUGGAAUGUAUUGGUUCGUUGAACUACGGCACAUUGGAUUCACAAUGAUCCCAGUUUAAAACAGGCUGGACUCAUUAAAACAAGACUUUGAUUUCCUGCUGUGUUCGUUCACGGUUUGUUCACAUUUCUGACUCGUAACAUUGUCCAAAAGAUAACAACAUACAUUCUAGUUCUGAACUUGGCUCAACAUAUCACAGUGACAUUAUUACCAGUUUUAAAGGUCACAUAUGAUACUCCCUUUUAACCAGUUUAAACAAGUCUCAGAGCUCCUAAGACACAUCUGUGAAGAUCCACUCCUGAUCCUGUAUUUGAUCAUGCCUAUAAACCCCUCUAUUUCAGCCCUGUUCAGAACAGGCUGUUU